AGAGCGUGGUUUCCCGCCAAGGACGGAGCAGUCAAACAUAUAAAUGUGCACUUCUGUAUCCAUCUCAAUUUCUCUCUCUCUCUAGAAUCAAAUAAAUGCCCUCUCUCUCUAAAAAACCUCUCUCUCUCUAAAACCUCUCUUUAUAAGCACAGAAAUGCCCUCUCUCUACAAAAAAACAUGAAGUGUUGAUUAAGUUCAAAAAGCAAGAAGUGUUGAUUAAGUUCACGCUUAUGGCGUUUAAGACAGUGUCAGCAGGAGCUUCUUAGAGAGAGAAAGCAGAAGCUUCUUAGAGAGAGGAAAAUGUAUAUUUGUAAAACCUUUGCCCAUUUUUAUUGUCUUUUGUUUUCAGAUCAUUUUGUUGGGUUAUUUGCGGGAUUCCUCACCAUGUAAAACCAUUUCCCAUUUUUAUUGCCUUUCUUUCCAGAUCAUUUUGUUGGGUUAUGUAAAACCUUUGCCCAUUUUUAUGUUGUGUUUUCUUUUCAGAUCAUUAUUUGAUUGUACCAGGUAGAAGAUUUAUUUGCCGUAUGUUUGGGAUUUAGAUUACAGAGACGGUGGUACUUACUCAAAAAAAGAUAAAUGGGUUAUCAUUUCCUGACCUCUCUUUCAUUUUUGUUGCAUAUCAUGCAGAGUAAAAGAUAAGACGAAGUACUGUCAAGAAUAGUUACAGAGAACUGGUUUCUGCAAAGGACAAUCUCUUUUAACCCUUCAUUCUGAAUCCGAUCUUUUGAAGAACAUAAAAUAGUGUUGAAAAGUGCUUAUAGAAAAACUUGUUUCUGAAAGGGGAUUCUUUCUUUUGACGGACUCUUUAAACCCACUGGCAAUGCUUUCUGAUGCGAGUCUUUUGGAUUCUUCUGAUAUGGGUAUUUUGAUUGCAUUAUUCUUCUGACUUGGAUCUUUUGAUGUCAUUUCUGUAUUUCAUUUCACUCACAGUGAGUGAUCUGAGAGAGCUUAGUAAAAGUGAAGAUAAAAUAAUGUUCCAGGAUUCUCCCUUCCGUUGCAUCAUCAAUCAAUAGCCAAUCAAGCCACUUAACUCUAGCACGCGAUCAUUUUCUGAUUUCAGUUUUCCUCAUCCCCCACCUGUGUUUACAUCCCCACGAGAAAGUUCUCAAAGAGAAAAACCUUGCUUGAAAUGGUGUCCAUGUGGUGAGCAGAAGGACCUGAUUAACCCUGAAGAGAAACAAAAGAAACCCAUUUCAGAUUUCAGUAGUUUCUCCAGUUGGCCAAUGCUAGGAUAUGAACAAAAUUGAUCACAAUAUAGAGGAAUACUUGGCUGAAUAUGUAGAGGAAGAGACUCACAUUAUUGAAUCUACCCAAGCAUUAACUAUUGAUGAUAAUAGAACUCACCUAGUGGUGGCCAGCACAAUAUGUGAGAUUGCCAAAGUUCUUCAGGGCGUGCCUGCUGCCUCUACCUCUUUUAGUCUUGCAUGUGUUCCUGAUCAAAAAGUCCACAUGGGUGAAGAAAUUAAGAGAUCACCGGUCUUGGAUAAGAAUGGAAAAAAGGAAGAAAUCACAUCUAGUACAUAUGGUCAAAAAAAUGAUGCCGAGCAUGAUGGCAAGUGCUCUGGUAUGGUUUCUGAGGAGACCAUGAAACAAUUGGUUACUUCUUCUCAUGAAUUAGAGGCAGAUACUUGGCACAAUUAUCAUUUGAUGGAUUGUGCAAAUUCUACCCUGAAUUCACUUCUGUCAAAUAAUGGUGAACAUGGCAAUUCUGCUUGGGAUUGCUCUCAAUCUGAACAUUUUCUCAAGUUUCUCAAGUUACACUGUGUUGAAGGUCAGCAACACCAUGAUUGGCAUUGUACUCCUCAGUUGCUGCCUAAAUCGAAUUACGAUAUGUAUAUCCAUGCUGCUGCAUAUCCAGGUAGUAAAUGGAGAGUAAUACAAAAUGAUGAACUGGGUCGUGAAUGUAUUCCCGUUAUGCACAAGGAUGACAGUCAGCACCAGCGUGGCAUGAGGAGACGUUUACAGUUGGAAAAUCCUGAGGCUCGUGGAAAGAGCCUCGGAGCUAGUUGUAAUCCUUGGAACCCUCCAAAAAAUGCUUCUCUUACAAGUCCUUCUCCCACUCCUGUUGAUAUAGAUUCUGGUUCUCUCUCUCAUGAUGGUAGAAACUAUAUCCCCGUUAGCAAGAAACAGGUCUCCAUGCUUGCUUCUCCCAAUCCAUCAUUUUCCAUGAACAGAACACAAGAACUCAACUUGGACAAUAUGGGUAAAGCUGGAAAUAGUGGGAAUCCUUCUAUGCCAUCUGGUAUUGGCUUGCACCUAAAUAAUAUUGGGAACCCAGUGAAUGCUACCAUGCAAUUUACUCCCCAUGAGUAUUGUGCUUCUAGUGGCUCAGUUCUGUUUCAUUCAGAGGGCCCAAAUGUUGAUUUCCCUUCAAAUGUGGUUUCAUCUGUCACUGGGAACUCCAAAAUGGCUGAGCAUGGGUUUAGAGCUGGGAGAGUGGUGGCUGACAACGCAAGUUUGCAAAGUUUGCCUCUUGAUGUGAAACCCCUUUACAGUUAUUUGCAAUAUCUUAAACAUUCCUCAAACCCACAUGAGAUUAUGAUUUCAGUGCCGCAAGGUGCCUCUGGGCUUGGGAUGGAGCUCCAUAUUAGUCCUCAAAUGAAGAGGAGAAGAGCAACCGAUGUUUUAGAGAACAAGGACUGUAAGCGUUGUUGUCACUGUAAGAAGUCUGAGUGCUUGAAGCUUUAUUGUGAAUGUUUUGCUAGUGGAACAUUUUGUGGAGAGACUUGCUCAUGCCUAGAGUGCUUUAACAGACCUGAAUAUGAAGAAAAAUGUUGUGAGAAAAGGAAGAGCAUAGUAAUACGCAAUCCAAUGGCCUUUGAUCCUAAAAUCGUCAUGAGAUCCACAGCACGUCCACAGAGCACAGGGACUCUGCAGGAAACCAAUGAUACGUCAGCCUCUGCAAGGCAUAAAAGAGGAUGUAAUUGCAAAAAGUCAUCUUGUACAAAGAAGUACUGUGAGUGCUAUCAGGCUAAAGUUGGAUGCUCUGAUGGCUGCAGAUGUGACGGAUGUGAAAAUACCUUUGGGAAGAAAGGUGGAUUCGUUGAAGUGGACAUAGAGGAUAAAAAUGGUGGUUUCAAGGAACCACUAGAAGAAAAGCCAGAGAUGGUUGAAUACAGAAAUGCCCAUCAGCUACAUCCGAAUGUUUCCACUUCAACACCAUUUUCUCAAUAUUCGAGCCAUGGGAGGGCACUCCCUAAUUCCCAAUACCUUGCAAGAAGGCACCUCUCUUCACAAGAUCAUGAAAUAUUCGACCAUCCAUUUUUUCAUGGAGGGCCAUGGGUCUCUCCUAAUGGUGACAAAGUUAUAGACAUGAGAACCCCAACUCCAUUGACUUACCUUUCCUCACAGUUCUCUAGUAGUGCUGGUUCUAGUGAUAAUAUCAAAAGAAGUAGUGGCACCCAAUUAAGGCAUUGUGAUGGGUACUUAACACAGGGUUUAUGUCAGGGUGUCAGUUCUCCUGAUACUCCAGUGCCUUGUGUUGAUAAGCCAAGGACCAAUAUUGGGUCAUCUCAAUUAUUUGAGGAAGGCACAAUAGAUAUGCAGAAAAAUGCAGAUUUUCCCUCAAAAGUGGUGAAGGCGACAUCUCCAAAUCAAAAGCAUAUCUCAUCACCUCACCCACGUUUGCAAGAGUUGGGUACAUUGGACUCACCAUCUGAACCUAGGAGUGGGCGGAGGUACAUAUGCCACAUGGGGACUCCCUUCCCUCCCCUCAUUCCAGAGAGCAAGGACGAAGGAAGUGAGAAGUGAGUCUCUCAGUGAUUGUUCACUACUGGUGAU